AUUUCAAGAUAAACUAAAUGACUGACUACAGCUUCAAAUCCUGCGCAGAAUCCUGUACAUGUGAACAGACCCUUAUAUCUCAUCGUCUCCUCUUCUCCUGAAUGACCCCCAAGGAUGGACAAGGACAGGAAUGAGAUGACUAAGAGAAUAUUCCACCUCACCUUGGAGAUCCUCCACCUGCUGACCGGAGAGGAUUACACCAUAGUGAAGAAGACAUCGGGGGAGUGUGUGGCCCCCAGCAGCCAUCUCCAGGAGUCAGGAGGACAGAGCAGGACCCGGGGCCCCAUCAUGGAGCCUCCACCUCACUCACCGAUACAUGAUCAGAAGAUACUAGAACUUAUCCACAGGAUCACUGAACUGCUGACUAGAGAGGUUCCUAUAAGGUGUCAGGACGUGGCGGUCUAUUUCUCCAUGGAGGAGUGGGAGUAUGUAGAAGGACACAAGGAUCAGUACAAGGAUCAGGUGAUGAUGGAGGAUCAGCAGCCCCUCCCAUCACCAGAAAGUCCCAUUAAGAACUCUGAGGGAAACUUACUUAUAUCCUUAAAAUAUGAAGAAGAGGAAGAAGAUAUCAUGGAGGACACCUCAGGAAUAGACCUCCUCACCCCUAAUGUCCAUCCAGGACUUCACAGUACGGAUCUACCCUAUAAUAAUCCUCCUGAUCAUAAGGAACCUUCUUCCGACCAAUCACAGGUUGUUACCAUAAAGAAAGGCCAGGAAGGAGAAAAAGGGGUUCAAUGUGAUGAAUGUGGAAAAGAGUUUACAAGACGAUCAAGUCUGUUUGCACAUAGGAGAAUUCAUACAGGAGAAAAGCCAUAUUCCUGUUCAGAAUGUGGGAAAUGUUUUACAUAUAAAUCACAUCUCGUUACACAUGAGAGAAUUCACACAGGAGAGAAGCCUUAUUCCUGUCUCGAAUGUAAAAAAUGUUUUAUGGAUAAACCAAGUCUUGUUAAACAUGAGAGGACUCACACAGGAGAGAAGCCGUAUUCAUGUUCAGAAUGUGGGAAAUGUUUUACCGAUAAACCGAGUCUUGUCAGACAUGAGAGAAGCCACACAGGAGAGAGGCCGUAUACAUGUUCGGAAUGUGGGAAAUGUUUUACAAUUCAUUCCAGCCUAGUCAUACACGAGAGAAUUCACACGGGAGCAAAGCCAUAUUCAUGUGCGGAAUGUGGGAAAUGUUUUAGAGAUAACUCAUGUCUUCUUAGACAUAAGAGAAGACACAUACGAGUAAAGCCAUAUUCAUAUUAGCUCAUUAAGGUUUAAGAUACAUUACUUAAGAGGCUCAAAUAUGAUAUAAAAGCUUUGGUGAGACAUACGGAUACUUGUUUCCAAACAUCUAGGUUUCCACCACCCAUCCUGAGGACAACCUAACCUAGUGAACGAGAUACUGAACAGAACCGUGAUUACAAUCCUCAGUUCCAACACAUUCCAGCAGUGAUCUAUAGGAUGUGAUCCGGUGACUGUCGAGGCCAUUGGAGUCAUGUGACCUCAUCGUCCUGUAUGAGAUGGUCAUGUGACCUCAUUGUCCUGUAUGAGAUGAUGUCAUGUGACCU